ACAAACUCUUCCUUCCACAACAAUGGGGAUAGACAUUCCGAAAUGCGUCGAAUCGCUCCUUGGCAAUUGACUGCCUAGUACUUCAUUCCUUCGCCAUGGACCGUAACAUCCGAUUCAAACGUCUCAUUUCAUGGAUAUUCCUCUUUGUUUGCGCGGGUAGAACGACCCUUCCCGGACUCGACAAGUACAGAAAGACACAGCUAAAACGCAUAUCUAUAACAUGCAACGAGGACGCAAAUGUCACGGCUAGACAGUUUGCGAAGAUGAAAGUUCAGAGCUUUUGUUGGAUACUCUGCCGCUUAGAGAGUGCUUCUCGUGUCUUGUACCGCCCGGCGGCGUUACCAUAAUUACUUAUAGUGAAGUGCAUUGCCGGUUCCUCCAACCGUAUUUUAGUACUCAAUGCUGGGCCUUUACCAGAAUAAAAAAGAGACUUGUUUCCAG